AUGGCUCCUAUCACAUCUUUCAUCGCGGCGGCCAUCCUUGCCUUCGGGGGAACUAGCUUGGCCAUUCCCACCAACAAUCCCAUCCAACGCCGCUCAGGGGGUCUAUCCAUGACCAAUCAUGCAGGAAACUCGGAAUCCCCGGUUCCUAAGGUCAAGACCUUGUCUAGAGAAGACCUCAAACCUUUUGGCGGCCAAAGUCCCAAGCCGUCCAACAUUACCGAUCCUCUCAAGAUUCGAGCCAUCAUUGGGCCCGAUGAUCGUGUUCUAUGGGGCUCUCAACAAUACCCCUACAGCGCCAUAGGCAGAAUCUCUGGAUCUGACGGUGGGAGCUGUAGUGCUGCCCUGGUCGGCCCUAGGCAUGUUGCUACGGCCAAGCAUUGUGUUCCACCUGAGGGCGUCACCACGCGCUUUCAACCCAUGUAUUUUGAUGGUGAGAGAGCCGGGGGCUCCGAUUCUGUUGAAAUAAUUGAUAUAGACCAAGGUGGUGGGCCUUGCUUCCAGAUGGAGGAUUGGGCCAUCUUCAUCCUAGCUGAUCGCUUGGGUGACUCGUUUGGGUACCUUGGAGCCACAACCAUCGAUUGUGAUGCUCAAAAGAAGAAACCAAUCUUUCUCCAUGUGGGAUACCCAGGCGACAAGGGGUCGUCAAAGCCUUAUCGCCAAGAGGGUAUCUCGGUGGUUCGAUGUGCUGAUUGUGCCCCGGGCGGCCCCCUAGAGACAGAUGCAGACGGAAUUCCGGGUCAGUCAGGAGGCCCGCUCUGGCUUGAGCAUGACGGGACCCCUUAUUUGUACGGCGUUCUAAGCGGAGUUGGCGAGGAGGGCACUGGCUUCGCAUCUGGGCAAAAUCUGGUCAAUGCUAUUAGCAAGGCGAGGGCCGACUACCCAUGA